UGGAAACUUGUGGCAGCAUUAUCCACUACGUGGAUCUGUUUAAAAACACUUCCACAAUUUUUCCCUUGGCCGCUGCACACUUCCUUCAAGUGUGAAAUCACUUUGCACUUUCAAAUUCCCAUCAGUUUAAUUAUAGCAUUUCAAUGUUCCUUCUCAAGACAUGGAGAUCAACAGCUUUUGGUGUUUAUGGGUACCUAAAUUUUACCAAAUCUGGUUUCUUGGAGCAUUCCAAAAAUUUCAAACCAGAAGAUAUGCAGACUAGAAUAGAAGGGAAGAAUUGCAUGGUAACUGGAGCAAAUUCUGGCAUUGGUUAUGCAACUGCUGAGGCCCUUGCUUCACGCGGAGCAACUGUAUAUAUGAUAUGUCGUAACAAGGAGCGUGGGGAAGCUGCUCUUUCUAACAUUCGGAGUGAAACUGGCAACCAAAAUGUUCACUUGGAGGUUUGUGACCUUUCAUCUGUUAGUGAGAUCAAGUCUUUUGCGACCAGAUUUGCUUCAAAGGAAGUCCCAGUUCAUGUUUUGGUUAACAAUGCUGGUUUGCUUGAGAAUAAACGAAUUACUACAUCAGAAGGAUUUGAAUUGAAUUUCGCUGUAAAUGUGUUAGGCACAUAUACCAUGACAGAAUUAAUGCUGCCUUUGUUGCAAAAAGCUGCACCUGAUGCUCGAGUUAUUACAGUUUCUUCUGGCGGAAUGUACACUGCUCCCUUGACCACUGAUCUACAGUUUAGCAAUGAGAACUUCAAUGGAGUGGAACAGUACGCUCGAAACAAGCGAGUUCAGGUGGCAUUGACUGAAAAGUGGGCUGAAAUAUACAAGGACAAAGGCAUCUCAUUCUACUCAAUGCACCCAGGUUGGGCUGAGACACCAGGAGUAGCUAAGAGCUUACCUAGUUUCAAUAAAUCGUUAUCAGGAAAGCUAAGAACGAGUGAGGAAGGUGCAGACACGGUGAUUUGGCUAGCUUUACAGCCCAAGGAGAAGCUAGUAUCAGGUGCAUUUUAUUUUGAUAGAACUGAAGCCCCUAAACACCUGAUGUUUGCAGCUACCAGGAGCUCCCAUGGUUUAGUAGAUUCGAUUAUUAGCAAUCUCCGUUCCAUGUGUGCACUUUCUUCUUGAUUUGAACUACUUACAUAUCACUCUUUGAUACUUAUAGGAAAAGAUCGCAAAUUAUUAUUAUAUACUUUACUCCUACCAAAAAAUAAAAGCAGGACUUUAGUGGCUCAU